GAAUUCAUACCAAGAACACAAUUUAGUUGGAAUGAUUGAACUUCAAUUGAGACUCCUAUCGACUUAUAUUGUUCCACGAUGUCGAGUAAAACAAUAGCUUAUUUCUACGAUGCAGAUGUCGGGAAUUUUCACUAUGGUCCUGGUCAUCCCAUGAAACCUCACAGAUUAGCACUCACACACAAUCUAGUACUCAACUAUGGGCUCUACAAGAAAAUGCAGAUUUACAGGCCAUACAGGGCCACAGCUCACGACAUGUGCAGAUUCCAUUCAGAUGACUACAUCGACUUUCUACAAAGAGUGACACCUCAGAACAUCCAGAACUUCACCAAGAGUUUAAGUCAUUUCAACGUCGGUGACGACUGUCCAGUGUUUCCAGGUCUCUUUGACUUCUGUUCAAUGUACACUGGGGCAUCGUUAGAAGCAGCAACCAAACUGAACAACAAUCUAUGUGACAUUGCAGUAAACUGGGCUGGUGGGCUUCAUCAUGCAAAGAAGUUUGAGGCUUCCGGGUUCUGCUAUGUCAAUGAUAUUGUCAUUGCUAUUCUAGAAAUUCUCAAAUACCAUCCUAGAGUGCUGUACAUUGAUAUAGACAUCCAUCAUGGAGAUGGUGUUCAGGAAGCAUUCUACCUCACAGACAGGGUCAUGACAGUAUCAUUCCAUAAAUAUGGCAAUCACUUCUUUCCAGGCACAGGUGACAUGUAUGAGGUAGGCUUAGAGAACGGGCGUUACUACUCCAUCAACGUGCCUCUCAAGGAUGGCAUAGACGAUCUCAUGUACUCCGGUCUCUUUAAACCAGUUAUACAGAGUGUCAUGGAGUUCUAUAGACCUACGUGUAUAGUCUUGCAGUGUGGAGCAGACUCUUUAGGCUGUGACAGAUUAGGGUGCUUCAGUCUCAGUAUCAAAGGCCAUGGGGAAUGUGUAGAGUACGUCAAACAAUUUAAUGUACCCCUACUAGUGAUGGGUGGGGGCGGUUACACAGUCAGGAAUGUAGCAAGGUGUUGGACAUAUGAAACAUCGUUAUUACUCAAUGAUGAUAUCAGCAAUGAGCUUCCUUACAAUGAUUACUUUGAGUACUUUGCUCCAGAUUUCACAUUGCAUCCAGACACCACAACUAGAAUAGAAAAUCUCAACACCAAAGCAUACAUUGACCAGGUGAGGCAACAAGUGCAGGACAAUCUUAAGUGUAUAGCUCACGCACCUAGUGUACAGAUGCAGGAUGUUCCUCCAGAUCUUCUCAGUCUAGAGAAUAUUGAAGAACAAGACCCUGAUGUUAGGAACAGUACCAAGGAACAAGAUGAGAGGAUUGAGCCAGCAAACGAGUUCUAUGAUGGAGAGAAAGACCAAGAUAAGGAGGAUGGUGUUGUAUUAGAUGUAUAACAAACGUUGCAUUCACUGAUGAUUAAUGUGAAUGCACUCCUAUUCAGUCAAUGAGAAGGGGAGUUCACAUAUGUAUUCAAACACCACAUGCAUAUUUCCUGGUCAUCAAUGUAUUGUUGUUUGCCAUGAAUGGCUUGUCUGAGCUACUACCCUAUGUAGCAACAUAAUUUUAUGUUUGGUUGCCAUGUAUUUGGACUUGAACUUGACCCUUACAGUUUCAUCUCUCUAAUUGAUUUAAAUAUUCCAUGGUGACACUCUUCUGCAAAUUGUUGAGAUGGUGUACUGAGCUGUGUUUCAGAUGAUUACUAAUUUUAAUAAUACUUAAUAAUUUGCAAUAUUAAUAUAGCACUGAAUAAAAUGUUUCUAAGCGCUGCAUACUAUUAUCCUGGCUUGAGCAUGGCUACCCAAGCAUUCAAGGAAAUCCUUACUCCCUGUAUCCAUUUACUGCAUCUGGGUUGAGACUGGCAAUUGUAGCUAGAUUCCUUACCAAUAGGAUAUAAUCUACAUUUGCCAUUCUCCACCCGGGUGUGGUUUUUCCAGAAGUGGUAUCUACCAGGCCCUCAUUUAUAGUGUAAUGAUUAACCAUAGACUGAUACACUACAGUGAAUUCAAAUAUAAUUGAUAUUGUCUGUAUGUACUUUGAAGAUUAGUUCAGAAAUGUAAUCUAUAUAUUGAGGUGAAUAUCACAUUAAUGACCAAUGAAUAUGCAUGCUUUGAUAGUUUCAUCACAUAUGUCAACUCUUCUUCUCAUCUGUACAAUGUGUAAUGUAUUACAGUCACAAUGCAUCAUUUGAAUGUACAAAAUAUUUGUUAUUUCCUUACUAUGCCAUGAUAGCAGAUGCAUGAAAGCACUAUUUUGAUGUAUACAUGUACCUGCAAUGCCUUAAUGCUGCAGUAGCACCCCACUCCCUUUAUUCAAAGUGAUCUGUUCCCUUUUCACACUCUGUCCUGUUUCCCACACUAGUGUGUAAGCCACUUUGCCUAAUGCUUGUUUGGUUUACCGAGCCACUUCCCUUCAUCCCCUUAUGGGCUUAAUGCAUUUCAACAAGCAGUUUGUAGCAGAUCCUUUAUUUCCUCAUUUCCAGUUUAGGCUAUGCGAUUCAUCUGAUACCCAAUUGGUCUAAGACUACUUAGUGUAUCUUAUUUAACUAAAUGGUAAUAUACCAACUUGUAAUAAGAAAGAACCAUGCAAAGUGAGUAUGUCAAGUGACAUUAAUUCAUGAUUACACUGCAAAAACGCCAGUGUUAAUUUAACACCAGCCUGGUAUCUACAUCGGAACACACCAGAGAAGUGUUGAAACAACACCAGUUUAGAAUCAAACCGAUAUUGUUGCUUUAAUGCCUAUCUGGUGUUAGCCUAACACCAAACCGGUUUUGAUUCAACACUUCUCUGGUGCGUUCUGAUAUAGAUACCAGGCUGGUGUCAAAUUAACACUGGCGUUUUUGCAGUGUAUUAAACAGAUUUAUGGCACUAUUAAGUACAGAUAGGUAUUCAGUCAAGAAUGGAUGCACCAAACAGUCAUUAGAUAAUAUUGUUUGGCUAUAGUGGUGGUAUGAUCUGGUAAUUAGCCCAGUAGAAAUUUCACCUCUGUGUGACUUAUGUGUAUGAUCUUUGCCCUUCGGCCACUUGUGAAUGUUAAAGACCAUGGCCGUCCCCAGGGGGUGUGGAGGGUGCAAAUGCACCCCCAUCUAGACAACAUUGUUUGUUUUUUGCUUGUCAAAUUUAAACCAGCACCCCCUGUUAAAAAAAGAUGGUCACCAGCAGUACUGCCUGACAUCAGAAUUGAUAAUAUUUGUCCCUUUUUUCCAAAAAAAAAACGCCCCCCACCCUUCGAAAGCUGGUGACGGCACUGAAGACUUAUUAGGCCAUAUAAACCAUUACUCUGACAUAGCGAACCAAACUAUACAAUGGAUAUCAUACAAUUUACUAUGUUUGUGAUUACCCUGUGGCUGCAGAAUAAUUUUGAAGGGGGGGGGGGGGUUGAACACACAAUAACCCACAGUUGUACAGUCAUUUUCAUACUUUUUUUUUACACAUUAACUCCCCCACCCCCUGGGUCCGAUGGCACCUUAUACAACAUUCAAUCUUUUCAAAGGGAGAUAUGAAUCUUAAAUAUUUCGACUGCAGAGAUAAACAGUACUAUUAGGUUAGUGAGGAAGUUGUUGUUUCGGAACUUUGUUUGGUUUAUAGCCAUUUGAUCUUGUAGACUAUUUGGUUGGUCCAAUCCCCAGAUCAUUUCAAACACCACUAUGGCAAUACCCAUUUGAUCUUCUAUCAGUUGGUCUGAUUGCUUAUUUGAUGGAAAUAUCGCUAGGCCCAAUAACCUAUUACCUUAUGUUUUAUCUAAUGAUCAAAACAAAGUAUUUACAGUAACUGCAAUGUGUCAUAACAGCAAGCAAUGUAGUGCACCCAUUUGUCUAGUGAACUUUGUAAAGACACCAAGUGGCACUUUUUAACCUAUAUUUUAAUGUACUUUUAGCCCAUAUGAUAGAUCGAAGCAGGACCCAGUUUCAUGAAAUGUUUUAUCCUUUGCAAUUGUUAGAAUUCUUUGAUAUUAGACAACCAAUCAACAGGCCCUGUUUCACAAAACGUGUCCAUUACCAGUGCUAGUAUUCUAUGACAAAUCUGUACUUAUUCAUUUAAAUGACACUGUUUUUAGUGGCUUUUUAACUGUAGCUUAUAGCUUGUACAGUAGCCUGACAUUGAUAACAAGUUUUGUGAUAAUGGGUCCAAGCACUGUAAAUGUUUACAGGGUCACAGGCUGGGAUCAAUUCGAACUCGGCCCUUCGAUCUAAAAAAUAUUACAACAAUAUUGUAACUUUAAAUAUGCAUUUGGGUACCAUAUUUUGUACACGAAUUAAUAGGAAAUUAUAGAACUUGAUUGUGUUUUUGUCAUGGUUGCUUUCAAAAUUGAGGUUAAAACAUGUAUUCAGAAACGGGUUCGUGUAUGCAUGACGGUUGGAUAUAUCAAAUUUUUCAUCAAAAGUUUAUUUGCUACCUUUUAGAACUGAGUGUUUCAUGUAGGAAUUGCAUGAUUCAGCGAACAAUGGUUUGGCAUAACCAUUUGUUACCUUUUAGAACAGGGUGUCUCGUAUAGGAAAUUAUGAAUCAAAACUUCAUUUGUGUCCAUUGGGUAAUUUCUAGGCUGAAUAUGUCAAAUAUUUAGUAAAAAACCUGUUGUUAAUUCUGUUGUUUCAAAUAUUGACGACAUUAAUUUCUUGUAAAGUGCAUACUAUCAUGCACUUUUCAACAAAGAGUACAAAUCUUUACAGAUUGCUAGCAUUGCUCUUCCAUGUAAUACACUGCCAACAGACAGAGACAGAUCAUUUGAUCUUCUUGGAAUCUUUAAGAUUUGGAGCAGUUUUUUAAAACCAAAUUGUAGAUUUCCCUUUAUAUUGAAAGUGAAACAUACAUAAAUAAACCUCCAACCUAAAAGGAUAAAGCCCUAAAGCCUGGCGCACACUUACACGAUCCGAUAUGACCCACUUUUUUUUGUCUAACAAAUCGCGUUUUGCAUUAGAUAUGAAAUUUCCAAGAAGUAAACUUAUUAUAUUUUACAUGUACUGUAUGUUUGGCAUAAUGCUAGGAACUUUGAAAUCUGCAAGCUUUUUGGUCAGUGUUUAUUGUCCGAAUCAGCUUUAAGUCGCAUCUGAUGAUAACAUCAUUGUAUCAUUCAUAUCAAAUGCUUUAAAACCUGUACUAUUUCUUUGAAAAUCAAAUCAUACCAGAUUGUGUCGUGUCCACCAGGCUUAACUCUUACAUUACAGGUAUAUGUAUGUAUGUACAUUAUUUUUACUGAAUAAAUGGCGUAAGUAAUUCUAUGGGAGGAUUGGGAGCACAUAUCUGGACGCAUCGCAGUCUAGUGGUUCUGACUCUUGCCUUUAAAACAAAGGGCCAUGGGUUCAAAUCCUAGCCACGGCGUGUUUUCCUUCAGCAAGAAAUUUAUCCACACUCGACCCAGGUGAGGUGAAUGGGUACCCGGCAGGAGUAAUUCCUUGAAUGCACUGAGCGCCGGUGAUGGUAGCUCGAGCUAAAGCCCGGGUAAUAAUAGCAAGCGCUUUGUAUCCUCAGGCAAAUAGAGCUAUAUAAAUCCAGCUAUUAUUAUUAUCUGGGGUGUUUUUUAGUGAGAAUAAUCUGACCGAAAGUCAUGCUUAAAUGCCAACGUGCAUGUAAUAUGACAUUACAUACAGUAAUCUCACUAAUCUCUAAUCUGGUACUUAAUUGAUGCGUACUAGAGUGCAUAUGUAGCAUCAUUCAACCAAUGCAGUCAUUUUCAUGUACCACAUCCACCUGGAAAUUCAAGUUAAAUUUUGAGUCAGACUUCAAUCUUGGUGAAAACAACCCUCUCAUCUCCAUUUCUUAGGCCACAUUUUAACAAGAUUCUUUCCUAUGGAAAAUGAUUAGAUGUGACAAAAAUUGUUAGAUGAUGUAGAUACAGUAUCUGUUGUGUGCUUUAUGCAACUCAAAAUUACCCAAAAUGUACCAAUAUUCUAUUUUUAUAGAACUAUUUGUUGUUUGUGUACUCUACAACACUGUUGUAUUUUAUCAGCAGAUGAUAAGAGAUUAUUCAGACCCAUUUACAAGAGUCUAGGAUAUUCUGCAGUCUCAGAAAUUCUUACUCUUGGAAAUCCCUUUGUCUAUUUUCACUUUCAGAAAAUUUAUUAACAUAUUCAUGACUACCAAUAUGUAAUUUUGAUAUUCUUUGUACAGGGACCAUAUAGUUUUAGUAGGUAAUGGGGGAAUCAAUGAACUAUGCAAUGGUAACUUCCAUGAAAAUCUUGAUUCUGAUUGGCUAAUUAGUGAUGUUGCCAUGGUAAUUACCAUUAAUUGCAAAGUACAAUCAUUUAUUCAUAAGAGUAACAGAUUCAGACCUAUUUACUUGUGUAUAGGAUCUUCCACAGUCUUAGAAAUUCAUAGUCUUGAAAAUCCUUUGUUAUCUAUGAAUUCUUUUAGAAAAACUUAUAGACAUGUGAAUUGUUGAGACCUCUCCAUUUGAUGGUAAUUUCUCUGAAUAUCUUGAUUAGUUAAUUAGUGAUUUUGCCAUGGUUGAUACCUACCAUGGAUGACGUAAGUGACAAUUACAAAUGUUAAUCAAUUGGCCUUUGGUUAUUCAGAGUCAUAACGGAGACGGAGGCAAAGGAAUCUGUAUGGCACUAUGUAACCUGGCUCUGGUGAGCGUAUCGGGACUCAAAUCAGUGAUUUUUGCUGUCCAGUUUUAUAAGCUACUGAAAUCCUUGCAUCUGAUUGGUUCAGAACAUAUUAGUGAAGUUUUUUGUUUCAUGAAAUAUGUCCCUGGUCCCUCGAAAUCGUCUUUUGUACUAGAUCCAUUGAUGAUUUUGGGAGGCUCCUUUUGCAGGGGUUAUUUCAGAAAUAUUUCAGGGACUCAAUUGUCCUCAACCCCCCAUAUUUUUUUUUUGCUUUGUUCUUUGUUCAGUAUUUUGUGGGCAGUAUUUUGUGGUGCCGAUUACUUCAUUAUUUCAUCCUCAAAAGAGGAUGGAUUUAUUAUUUGAUACUAUUAAUUUGACCUCUCAAGUGAUAUUGAUGGGGAAAUUUAUAUAAUUGUAAAUUAUUUCACUGCAGACUUAUUUCUGAAAUUGAAAUCGGUUGUGACUUUUUUGUAUGAGAAAUGUACAUAGUGGUGAAACCCGAACUUGUAUUGUAAUUUUUCGAACCUUCCAUGUAAAUAUGCAUAGUAUAGAAUUUCUGAAUAUUUUUUGUGUGCUGUACGUGUUUUGUUACCAAUGUGUACAUUGUCUAUUGAAAUAUUAAGUAAGUGUAAUGUUGUUUGGAAUGGCAAUACAAAUGUCCGUGUAAAUAAAUAAAAUACACAAGCACACAGGAAAA